ACGCAGCGCUGCUGACAGACUGCUCUGUCCGGUUAUCAGAGCGUCUGUCAGGCAGCAGCAGCAGAUGAACCCCCUCCUCCUCCUCCUCCUCCUCCCCUUCAUGCUGCUUUAAGUCCGCUAAGAAGCCACUAGUCCAAUUAACCGAGAGGAGGCGGAAACCCACGGCUUAUUAAACCAACUUCCUCGGCUCCUCGACGAUGGAUGUGAGCGCCGCUACGACUUCUUAUGACGACGACCUGAUACGACAGCCCGCCAUAACCAAACAAGUUGGACCAGAAGAAGAAGAAGCGACGCACAGGAGCAGCAGCACCGUCACUGAGGAGAUGUUGUUCUGAGCUCACACGUUAAAGCCGUUAUAUAUAUAUAGCUGCUGCUGCUGCACGAGAGAGUAUCAUUUAGAAAAAGGCCUGCACGUGCAUCAGUUGGCGACACUAUAACGGAGUUUCCUCGAGCUGUUUGUGACGGUUGACGGCGGUUGGUUGGUUGGUCGUUAACAUGGAAACGUUCACUGAUGUGCUGCUCGUCACCGCAAAUGUCGGGUCACUCUUUGACAAUUUGGGUGAAAUUCAAAAUGAAUGGUUACAAGAAUUGUACAAGACGAUCCACAGCCACAAGCCGCAGUUCAUCGCCCUGCACUUCCAGGAGGUGGGAGGGAAGGACUACAUGGCCAACAUGGGCCAAGCCGAAAACUUCUUUAGGAGCAUUGAGUCCAGUGAGGAAAUGAAAGACUUUGACAGAGUCUGCAUCUAUGUGGACAACCAGUUUCAAGCAGAAGACAGCUUCACGGCUUUGGGGAGCAUCUACUUCAUCCACAAGACACUGAAAAACAUCUAUCAGUAUGAUUUUAAUGUUAAGGAUUUUAAAGCAGUGUCGGGACAGAACAAGCACGUGGGCUCUAUGGACGGGGUCACCACGGUGGAGAAAGAAAAAUUCCCAAAGAAUUUCUGGCCUGAUUUCAAGUGGUCCAGAAAGGGCUUCAUGAGGACCCGCUGGAUCAUACACAACCAAGGUCUGGACCUGGUCAAUGUCCACCUGUUCCACGAUGCCUCCAACCUCAUUGCCUGCAACUCCAGUCCAUCCAUUUACACAGCCAACCGCAAAAACGCUCUCAGAUACGUCGUCAACAGGAUAUCAGACAGCCGCUACACUCCGCUGCCUUUUCUCCUCUUUGGAGAUUUCAACUUCCGCCUGGACACACUUAGUCUGGUCCAGCAUCUGUCCAAUUCGGCAGACGUGCAGACGGUGAAGAAGGACAGCAGUAACGAAGUGGAGAAGAUCAUCUGCGAAGAAAAAGACAACGACCACCAGGUGCUGCUCCACAUUGAGGAGAAGCUGUUUGCCUACCUGCACCAGGCAGUUUUCAGGGAGGACAACGGCAAAGCACUAUUGAAGUACGACAAAGAAGUUGCAGCCUUUCAUGAUGUCAUUGGGGAAGAGGACAUCAAGUUUCCACCCAGCUACCCCUACAGUGAAGAGUACACUAAACCGACCCAGUACAUGAACACUCGCUGUCCUGCCUGGUGUGAUCGCAUCCUCAUGGCACACACUGCCCAAGAAUUCAUCCACAGGGGAGAUGACGGGGAGAAGAGCGUUGUUUACAACACAGUGGGCCCUAAUGUCUGUAUGGGAGACCAUAAGCCCGUUUUCUUGUUCUUCUCACUGAAGACAAAUGACCAUUGACUCGGAUCCUUCUCAAUGGUCAAUAACCGCACCGUCCUCACAGCCCUGCCACAGCAUCAGUACCAGAGGGUAAUAAUCAGCAUGAUGGUUACCCGCCACAAACCCACCGAUCAUCAGCCAGCAGCGGGUCUCGACACAGGUAGUGCCGGCUGUGAAAACCCCUUCCUCACAUCACCGGUGUCUCACAUAUGACCGUUUCACUGCCGCAUACUGGCCCCGAGUGACACGAGCACAGAUUUAUCAGCAGCCGUUGUGGAUUUCUGAUGCGGUUUUCCAGAUUAUCCACUCACUCUCAAGUCCCCCGACAUGAAAGCUGAGCGUCACCGAGGAUGUUCCUGCUUGAGACAAAACUAUGGUGUGAAGACUGCAGUGUGUGACUGUGGACCAGCCCCCUUUUACAUGGAUGUGUAUGCAAAACAUUCUUUUCUGAUUGUAGUUGCAUUUUUUUUUUUUUUUUUUAAAUAUGCCUUUUUCUUACAGGCAGUGUCGGACAAACCCCAGCCGAGGCAUCACAAAUGUUCUCGUUCCUUAUUGGCCCUAAAUAAUUUAUGAAAUCUUCAGUCAGUCAGGCCACUUUGUAGCAACUGAACUUCAAUAGAUUUUAAAUUAGCAGUUGAAUCAGAAUCCAGUAUCGUGAAACUGCUGUUAAUAAGUAAUGUUUAGCUAAACCUUAUUAUGAGCCACUAAUAAUAAUGAAAACUAAAAAAUAUGGGAUCUUUUAAUAUCAAUCAUUGGACCAGUCCUACUGACUAUGUGUCUAGUUUUAUUUUGUAUUUCACAAUGUUUUUAGUUCCGGUAUUUUUUUUUUUUGUAAAGUUGUUUACUCCCACUGCAAGCAAGAUUUUCUACCACAGUUGGAGGAAUGCUGCUAUCUCAGUUUCCUGUAGACAUGACGGUUUAGUUAGAUGCCCUCCGUAGAUAAAAUAUCAUUUAUGAAGGAUAUCUUACUGACUUGUUUUUCAUACUUGUAGCUACUUUUCUCACAGCAGCUUUGACUGCGUCACUGUGUCACUCAUAUCUUUAGCAAAGUCAUUCCCAGAAUUGAUUUUUGAUAAAUGACACUAGACAGUGGACAAUAACAUUUUAAAGCAACAACCAACCGACUACAGCUGUUUAUGAAUGCUGUGGGAGCUGAAUUUAUGAAUAUAACACAGCAGCAGUGUUUCACCCUGUUGAAUUUAAAGUAUCAUUCUUUUGCUGUUUUUCUAAACUGUACGUCAAUAAUACCAAGUGCUUUUUUCCACAAGCUAUAACUCAGCAGUUCUCAAUUUUUCGAUUUUAGCCGUCCUCGCUCAGAGAAAGUUUUCUUUACUGUUUGUCUGCGCGGGAAUCUUUUCUACUCUGGUUGGCAUCGACCUUAUUCCAUUGCCAAAAGAAUUAUAACGUAGGCCUCGCGUGUUUACUUCUAACUGUGCUUAAGGCUUCACGAACUCCUGUAUAUACACAUGUGUGCACCCACACACAACACAGAAGGCACUGGUUUUAUUUUGUUUUGUUAAUUCAUAGUCUUAUUGUGUAGCACAAGUAAUGUUUUUUGAUGUUAGAUGUUUUUUUUUAAUCUGGCUUUAAUAAUGACUAAUUGAAAGAAUUUAAAAUAUGUUUGUCGUUCGUCACUUUCAUCCAAUCCCAGCUGUCACGUAUUUGAAUUGUUUGUGUGUCUUGUGGAGCUUCUUUUGUCUUACGCAGCUUGGUGGAAGAGUACGCUCUCUAUGUUCAUGCAAAAAUACUUUUCAUGCAUAAAUUCACAUAUGAAGUUUGGACUGUCAGUCACAUUUGUACAGCGGGACUGAAGCCUCGCCAUAACAAGAUUAAGUUAAGAGUCAGUGAUGCAAAUGUUUGUGUAGGUUGAAGAGUUUGUUAGUAAUAAACUUGUAGCAGUUCGCUGUUGACCAGUCAUGGGAGGCGAGUUCAUUAUAAGGCCAGUAUUAUUACAUUUAGAUUAACUCUGGUCAAACACUACAUCAUUGUCAUAUUUCACUUUUGUAAAUAAAAUAUUACUCUCAUAAA